AUGAAUACCUCAGUGUAUAUAUUGGUCCUAGGUCUUCUAGGAUUAUCUAUGGGUCUACCGGUCGAAGACUCUUUCGACCUUCAGGACUCCUAUUCAUCUGGGUUGUACAACCCACAGGACUUCUACGCGUCCUGGCGUGUCCCCGAGGAGUCUGCUGGACGUAUAGUGGGCGGAUCGGAGGCGCCCGAGGCCUUUGCCCGGCACAUGGUCGGACUUAUCACCGGCCUGAACCUUAAGAGCUUCGUCUGCGGAGGGUGUUUGGUUAAGGAUGACGUGGUCGUGACUGCAGCGCAUUGUGUUGAUGCGGUGGUAUCGUGGUGGACGGGAGAGUUAAUAGAGACAUUUCGCGGUCAGAUCGGAAGCAACGCACUAAGCCACGGAUACGUCGAGAUCCGGUUCUCAGCACACCUGAACCAUCCGGCCUGGGACCGCGUGAACAUUAAGUACGACCUGGGCGCUCUAUGGAUGACUGAGCCGCUUCCGAAGAAUUCUCCUGCGAGUCCCAUUGCGCUUGGCUUCAAGAGCGUUGGUGGAGGCGAGCGUCUGACUGUUACGGGAUGGGGAAGACUUACGGAUGAUGUGCUAGUCGUCAGCCCUGGAAAUCCUGACGAUAACACGGUAAGACUUAAAUCAAAUAGCCUAGCGUAG